UCGAUUUGAUUAUGGAAUCCGGUGAAAACAUUGAUGAUCAUAUAAAAAUAUAUAUGGAAAAAUACCAAGAAAAAUUCGCCUUUAAAUUAUACGAAUGGUAUAUAGAAAAAGAACGAUAUGCGGAUUUGUUAUCGUUAAUUCAGUCGCAUACUUCAGAGCACCAAGAAUGGCUUAGAAUGUUCCUAAAUGAACGAAAUUUAAGUGGAAUAUCUUGGAUGCAUGAUAUAUACAUGGAGAAUUAUAACGAUGCAUCAAUAAAGCUGCGGUUACUGGCUCAAAAAGAAAUGCGUGUUAACAAACGAAAGACUUUUCUCAGCAUUAGUAAAUUAACUUUCUUGGCUGGCUUAAGUGAUGAAGUGGACACACAAAAUGAAGAUGUACAAUAUCAAUUUGUUGAAAUUAUUACUUCUACGGAUCAAACCGUAGAUGAAAGUAAACAAGUAGACGUGAUUGUGGACAACGCUGCUAAAAAUCUCAAACAAUAUCGACCAAUGCACGCAAAGGUGUUUGCGCAAUAUGUGCCAUAUAUUCUGAGCGGUGAAAUGCUUUCGACAGAAGCGUUAAUCGAAGUAUUGACGCUCAAAGAAAAGAAGGAAAAAGAUGAUUUUCCAUUUACUUUACAGUUUAC